GAAGGCAUGAAACAAAGACGAACCCCUUCAACAAGCGGGACGACAUAAACAGAGCACGACGUGCCACAUAAUGAGCUUCUCUGUUACAAUUACGACCAAUGAACGUCAAAGAAUUAUCUUGUAAAGAGUCCACUAAUGUACCAAUCUCUUGAAGAAUACUGCCAAUCUUCCCAUCAUCAAAGUGGCGUUGAACUUGUUCUGUGGCUAGCAAGAGGGCUCUAUGGUCCAAUUCUUGAUCAGAAAGGUGGUGUAAUGCCAAAUUUGGCAACUGAUCCAACCAACCACUUGAGACCAAGGCUCGAUCCAGCCGCUCUUGGAUUACCCGUUGUGGAUUAGUGCUCCUAUUCGACCAAGUGAAGGGAGGUCCAAUAAAACCCAAGUCCUAGAGGCCUAAAUCAUCCACAAAUUUGCGAAAGUUAAGUGUAUGAGAGGGACGCCAUGGGUUUCCUCCUUCCUUUUCAUUUGAAGCCAAAAGCGAGUUGAAAUCCCCCACUAUCGCAAACUGCACUCUUAACCGAGAAUAGUAGUUGUGAAUGUAUUGGAAUUGCGCCGUUCGUUCCUGAUAAUCACAACUCAAAUAAACAAACACUACACAUAAUCCAAAUUGUCUUUAUUGAAUUGAAAAGCGACAAAGAAAGACCGACUACAAAGGACUGAUACCGAAACCUCAGUAGACCAACCUAUAGCUAGACCGCCGACAGUCUGGAUGGUGUUAACAAUGAAACAUGUAGACAAGCAUACGAACUAACACAAUUAGGCUUAAAUCACAAUCUAUAGGCACAAUGAAACCCAUUUCAAUCUGAAUCCAGAACAGCAAAAUAGCUAGAAGGAUCAGAACCGAACUUAACAAUAUAUAAGCUCGAAAAUGAGAGAGGGGAAGCAUCGAAAUUCGCCUAGAACCUUGGCACAAGAGAGCUAGAGAUGAGAUGAGAUUAUACCAAACCUACUCGCCCUUUAUAGCCAUCCAAGACUCCAAUCGGUUGACGAUACCCAACCGAAGACGGAGUGGCGUGUUUAGAGAUUUCCCUCGCAAGCCCCUGUGGAUAAUCCCUCCGUGUAAUCCGUUGUUGAUGCGAUUCGAGCUAAGAUUAUCUCCAUGCACCGAUUUAUGGCAGAUAAUCUUCAUAGUUUCAACCAAGAGGAUAAAUCCUCCUCUAUCAUGCCGCAAAGCAUACCCGAAAGUGGGAAAAUUGAAACACCCGAAGAUGGGAUUAGACACCACGACUCCAAAAUUGGAGAUAAUAGACCCGAAUAUGGAUAGAUAAUGAUAAGAAAUCUUGAAAUUUUUGCUUGAAGAUUGCUGAGGAUGAGCGUGCUUCUGCUGCUCAACGUCGACGGCUAGGUUUUUCUUCUCCUCGCCGAGAGAGGUAGAGAUAUUUUUUGUUUUUUUUUUCAUUAUCGUUUUCGCUACAUAUAAAUAAAUAGUUAACUUUAUUUAGCACAACAUCUAUACCACCAAACUAAAACUCUUCUUUUUUUUAAAAUAUUUAGCACAACAUCUACACCACCAAACUACAACUCUUUUUUUUUUUUUUAUAAACAAAUGGGGUCACCAGGAAUCGAACAGAGAACCUCACGGUCACAAAAGGCUCUGAUACUAUAUAAAGAACCAGUUGAGCACAAUAACGGGACAGGUUACGGUGAUUACUAUUUUAUAGUAAUCACCGUGGUUACUAAGGGCAAAUUGGGUAUAACAAAAAAUUUAUUAAUAAUUUUUUUAAUAAAUUACAUUUUAGGAAAUUACAUAAAUAUAUUAAAUACAAAUUUUCUCUCUCUCUUUCUCUCACUUCCACAAUUUUUCAGCCAUAUCUUUCUUCCUUCUUUUUCUCAAUCUUUCCUUGAUUUCGUUCAUCCAAACUAAUACCGGUGCAACAACAAAACAAUAAAUCUAUACCAAUCCAUUAAAAAAAUACUACCAUUGUACAAAACAUCAAUACCAUUCAAGAAAUAAAAACACUACCAUUUCACAAAAUAUCAAUACCAUUGUAGAUUUAAUCACUACCAAUGCGACAAAAUCAAUACCAAUGUGACAA